UGUUUUCAUGUCUCCAUCUUUGUCGCAUAGCCUCUGCAACCAUCGAAAAUGUCCAAAUCCGGCCUCAAUCUCCCUCGCAACAACUCGCUCAUGACUCAGGACCAGCUCAUCGACUCGCUCACCUCCCACAUCGCUCUCUACCAUUCUUACUCUCUCCCUUCUUCAAACCCCAACCCCAACCCAAGGUCCUCCAUUCUCAAAUGGUUCUCAUCUCUCAGCCUCCACCAGCGUCAAGCUCACCUCACGGUCGUCGACUCGAAAUUCGUCCAGGUUCUCAUUCAGAUGCUCGGAACAGUGUGCACGCGCGGUCACGGCCUCUUCAUAGUCCUCCCGGACCUGCCCACGCGCGACCUUCCAGGCCUCUGCUUCAAGAAGUCACGUGGCCUCCUGUCUAGGGUUGCCGAGUCGAACCAGUCGGAGAGGAGAAUAUUUGAGGCAACUCGGUUGUUCAAUUCGAGGGAAGGUGAGAGAAUCGAGGAGUGCUCGUGUUCAGUGAAGGAUAUGGAUUCCCUGACCGUGAGCGAGGACUUGGUAGAGAAUUUGGAUAGGUUCGUGGAGGCCAUGGAUGGAAUUUCUAACGGAAGCUUCUUGAGAGGCGAAGCGAGUAGUGAAUUGGGAUCGGAUUGGGUGGAAUUGGAGUGGUUGAAAGCAAAAGGGUAUUACAGUAUUGAAGCAUUUAUGGCCAACGGGCUAGAGGUGGCUCUGAGGUUGGCGUGGUUAAAUAACAACAGUAAUAAUAAGAAGAAAAGAGGGGUGAAAUUGAAAGAAAAAGCAAAUGCCGUGGGAGUGGCUGGGAAUGUGUAUUGGAGGAAAAAGGGUUGUAUGGAUUGGUGGCGGAAUUUGGAUAUUACAACUAGGGGAAAACUCUUGACUGCGGUCUUGGGAAAAAUAGCUAAAUAUUUGACUAAUGAGAUUCUGAAGGGGACCAAUGGUGCAUUAGAGGAUGAGAGUUGGCUUUUCAAUACGGGAGUAGAACAGCCAUUGAGGUACAACUACGAUGUAUCCGCUAGAAAGACUGUUCCCAAACUUGCAGCUGAUACCGAAUAUGAUUCAAGUAUUAUCUCAGCUUCUCUUUGUGGAAAACCUACUUCCUUAGCUAAUACCUUUAAGAGUUUAAGAGUGCUUCAAGAAAUUGUUAUGUUGACAUCAAUGUGUCGACGUAGUGAAUAUGAUGAAGGAAAAGUGUUUUUUAGCACCUUGAGUUCAAUUUGUACCAUUUCUGAUUUUAUACUAAGAAAACUGCGAGGAUUUCUUAUGGUUCUUUGGCUUGAUUGCACAAAACUUGAACUGAUAGCGGAAGAAAAUGAUAAGUCUUUACCAAAUAAGUCUAAGGGAAAGCUAGGUGCUUGUAGCCGUAAGAAAAAAGGGAAGAUCCGCAAUAUGCAGAAGUUAAAUGAUCUUCCAAAGUCAUGCAUGGAUGUUAUGUCGAGUGAAAAAUCUUUUAAGGAAUGUGAUUGCGGAUUGGCUGAUAAAGAGAAGUCAGAGUUGAUUGGGUCCAAGAAAAUGCUUAACGUGCCUAGGGCAAAGGAGAUCAAUGAAGAGACAUUAUCAUUAAAAGUUGAAAUGCAACAUGCGCAAGCAUCAAUUGUGGGAAAAGCUCGAACUACUUCAAGGAAGACUAAAAAAGAGAGAGGAAAAAAUAGAAGUACUGGCUUUAAGAAUUCUGCUAAAGUUAUAACUCAUGAAAAUCCAGUUAUGGAAGCUUCAUCUUCAUUUGUUCAUUCUCAAAGCGAGGCAGCGGAGUCUGAUCGAGGGAUUGGCGAUUUAACUUUCCAGAGCAUCUCAGAUAAUAUGACUGAUAGUGAUAUCCUUGCUUCAAAUGGCACUAUGAAGGAGAAGGAUGCCACUGGAAGCAUUCAAGAGAAUAAUUUUACUGGUUAUAGUGGGCAAGAUUGUUAUCAGUUCUCAAACUGUAUUACUGAAAAUCAAGGUAGAUCUUCUAGAUUGGAAACUCUAACUUGUAAGGAAGAUGAAAAUGUGAUACCUUCUCCUACACUUGCAUUGGACAAUAGUGUAUUCAUCAACAAAGAUAGAAAUUUUGAGAAGUUGGCACAUAUUAGUGAAGUUGAUGUACAAUCAGCUUUGCCAGAGAAAGGGGUCAGAGUUUGUGAUACUAAAGAUGAAUCCAUUUUGAUUCAUAAGCGAGAAAGUGGAAAUCUAUCUGAUACAGGACCUUCAAGUUCUUCAGAAUGCCUUCCAUAUGAGUGGCCUAGGGUGGGUUCUACCUAUUUUCCACCUGCUAACUCACAUCUUCCAGCUGCCACUGACCGGUUGCAUCUGGAUGUUGGUCGUAACUGGCAUAAUCACUUCCAUCAAUCAUUUUUACCUACGGUGCAUCAGGCAAGAAAUUCUCAAAUUGAAGGUGGAUGUAACCCAAUUAUGUCUCAGCGAAUGCCAAUGAGUUUAGAUUGGCCUCCAAUGGUUCGAGGUGCUUGUGGAAUGGCUCCAUCGGUGGCGUAUAAUUAUGAUUCUGGAUUUAUUUCAAGGCGUCAAUGUGCUUUUGCACAGGGGUUUUCUACUUGCAGCAUGCAACUUAAGGCAUCAACUAGUGACAAUGAAAAGAAAUUUUCUGGGGAUUUCACUGACCUACCCGAUUUGACAAGUGCACAUGAGCUAGCAGAUGACUGUGAAAGCCACUGGAUAUCAGAAGAUGAAUUUGAGGUGCAUGCAGUCUCUGGGAUAGAUUAUAAUCAAUACUUUGGAGGUGGUGUGAUGUAUUGGAAUCCUUCUGAUCAUCCAGCUUCAGGAUUCUCUCGCCCUCCAUCCCUAAGCUCUGAUGAUAGCUCAUGGGCGAGGUAUGAAGCUGAUAUGAAUAGAGCUGUUGAUGAUAUGGUUGCUUUCUCUUCUUCAUAUAGUACAAAUGGGUUGACUUCACCAACUGCUUCAUUUUGUUCACCUUUUGAUCCUUUGGGCCCAGGACACCAGGCUCUUGGCUAUGUUAUGCCCGGAAAUGACGUAACAGGCAAGGUGCUGCAUUCCCCAGCGACCAUGACUGAUGCAGCAGUGGAGGAGGAAUCUGGAGCUUUGGCAGAUUUAAAUGGUGAUGCUGAACCUAAGACAGGAGACUCACUUCCAUACCCCAUUUUGCCACCAAUAAUAAUUCCAAGCAUGUCAAGGGAUAGGUCAAGAUCUGAGUUUAGGCGCAGUCAUGAUCAUAAAAGCCCAUGUGUUCCUCCUACUAGGCGUGAGCAACCUCGGAUAAAACGGCCACCAUCCCCUGUAGUACUUUGUGUUCCACGGGCUCCAUGUCCACCUCCACCCUCUCCUGUGAGUGACUCUAGGAAACACAGGGGCCUUCCAACUGUUAGAUCUGGUAGUUCCAGCCCAAGGCACUGGGGUAUGCGAGGCUGGUUUAAUGAUGGAGCUAACUUGGAGGAAGCUAGUUUAUGCAUGGAUGGUACUGAAGUUGUUUGGCCUUCUUGGAGAAAUAAUAACCUUUCUAGCCGAUCGAUGGUUCAACCCCUUCCCCCUGCUCUGCUGCAGGAUCGAUUGAUUGCUAUGUCCCAACUAGCUCGUGAUCAGGAACAUCCAGAUGUUGCAUUCCCUCUGCAACGGACUGAGUCACAGAGCUGUCCUACACAGAAGACAUCUCUUUCUUUGAUGCACACCCGUCUUCAUGAUGAGAUUGACUGUUUCUGCAAGCAGGUUGCUGCCAAGAAUUUGGCUAGGAAGCCUUAUAUCACCUGGGCUGUCAAGCGGGUUACACGGUCUCUUCAAGUUCUGUGGCCCAGGUCCAGGACUAACAUCUUUGGGUCGAAUGCAACUGGUCUGUCCCUUCCAACAAGUGAUGUAGACCUUGUAGUUUGUCUUCCUCCUGUGAGAAACCUGGAACCAAUUAAAGAAGCUGGUAUACUGGAGGGUCGUAAUGGCAUUAAAGAAACAUGCCUUCAGCAUGCAGCAAGGUACCUCGCGAAUCAGGACUGGGUGAAAAAUGAUUCUUUAAAGACUGUGGAAAAUACAGCUAUACCUAUAAUUAUGCUUGUGGUGGAAGUUCCAAAUGAUCUCAUUGCCUCUUCUGCUUCUAAUGUACAAUCACCGAAAGAAAAGCCACCUCAUAUAUCUGGUGAACAGGGUUCUAAUCUUCAGUCUGAUGUGGUUGUAUUGGAAGAUUCUUCUUUGCCAAAAUGCACACAGAUGAACUAUGAUACUCCUAGAGAUUCAGUUUCAGUUCGUCUUGACAUCAGUUUUAAGUCCCUAUCACAUACAGGACUCCAGACGACAGAGCUGGUUAAGGACCUGACUGAGCAAUUUCCUGCGGUUACACCUCUUGCUUUGGUACUCAAGCAGUUCUUGGCUGACCGUAGCCUGGAUCAAUCCUAUUCUGGUGGCUUGAGUUCCUACUGUUUGGUAUUGCUAAUUACACGUUUUCUUCAACAUGAGCAUCAUCUUGGGCGGCAUAUCAGCCAAAACUUUGGAAGCCUUUUGAUGGAUUUUCUUUAUUUUUUUGGGAAUGUGUUUGAUCCUCGUCAAAUGCGUAUAUCUGUACAGGGAAGUGGAGUUUAUAUAAAAAGGGAAAGAGGCUGUAGCAUUGAUCCAAUACACAUUGAUGACCCCCUUUUUCCAACAAACAACGUGGGGAGAAAUUGCUUUCGCAUACAUCAAUGUAUUAAGGCAUUUUCUGAGGCCUAUUCUAUUUUGGAGGAUAAGCUUGCUUCCUUUUCCAAUGAAGGUGAUAUGUGUUCAAAGCCCCCAUAUAGAUUGCUUCCAAAAAUCAUACCAAGUAUUGAUUUAUCAUAGGGAUUUUCUCAGUUUGGCGAAUUUCUGUAUGUUUUGGAAGAUAUUGGGAGCUCAUUUGUGGGAUAAGUGCACUCCAUUAAUCAAGCUUGGGUUUUAUUGGUAUGAAGCUUAGGUUGCAACGUUUUAUGCAUCUCUGUAAACUUUUUAAACUUUUAUGUUUUUCCUUCUAUUUUUCUUCGUAUUCUCUUUGGCUUAUAUUUUGUCUUGAUACAUGAGUGUUAAGUCUAAAAGAAGGGAUGGGCAAACCACGCUUGCUAUUAGCUCGUGUUGACCUCUCAGAAGGUGCUUCACAAUAUAAGUACAUAUUGUGAUUUUCUGAUUGGAAGUGAAGAUGAAUGCUGAGACUGAACAAUUUAGUACGUCUGGCAAAAUUAAUUGUGGUAAUUUCCAUAUGAAUAUCCGCUGUUCUAUGUAUUGCUUUCUAAAUUCUAAUGCACCGAGUGGUAUCUUUGUUCUGUGUGGUGGAAAGUGUUACUUGUCUUGGGAACUUUAGCUGCAGCAACGUUGGGCUAAUCUUCUUUGUUUUUGGUCCUUUCCCUUAGUGUAUCUGUUGGCAGAUGACUAUAAUAUUCCACCCUGAUUUAUCCUUCUUUCGCAAGCCAGAAGGGGGAGCAGGAUUGUCACAGGAGCCAAAUGGAGCAAGGUUCCAGACUUCUUACCAUCUUGACAUCCUCGUAAAAUUAACUGUCUUUCUUCUUCCAUCCCGGACAUUCGCCAUUGAGCUCAUCAUGGACGCAAUCAUAUAGAGAAAACACACACAUGUACAUCGCUGCUUUUCCUAUCCCUUUACUUGUCACAUAAGAUAACUAUAGUUUUACUGGUUUCAGUUUUCAAGCGGAGCUAUAAUUUGCAAUGAAGAUUGCUUCAAGUUUAUGGGUGUGCUGCUGGGGCUCUGGUAAUUUGCACUUGGAAAGCUAGUUCUGUGCAUACAAGUUUGGGGAUAUACCUAUUGUUGUAGGAAUUGUAAUUAACAUACUCUUGUAUAUAAUCAAAACUUAGGCGCUGUAUUUAAAGCUGGAAAGCAAAUUAGUUGGAAGAUCAAGGAGCUGGAGUUCAGCUUUAUAUGCAUAGAACUACAGAAGCUGCAUUGACUAGCAAAAAUUUGUUUGCUUGUCGGGUCUUCAGGCGUAGUUAGCCUGUGAUUGCUUCAGACUCUGGCACGAUAUGGUAAAUCAGUAAAUAUUAUCUGAUUUUGCAAACAGGACAACGACAUGUCCGGAUAGCUUGGAUUGGAUAAAGCAGCUGCUGAUCGAGGCAGACGAAUUAACGAAACCUCUGCACGACAUGACUUAACCGAAACAAUAAACAGUGCUAUAUUAGACAAAUCUAAUUAUAUACUUGGAUUGCCUUAAAUAGGCAACCACUGACUUUGGUUUGGGGUGUUUCGUUAUUAUCCAAGUUAAUGCAGUGUAAUAUUAGAGUGA